CCGAGGAAGAAGGCUUAAUUGCCGUGAAAAGGAAAAAAAGAAAAUAGGUCCUCAGGUCUGGUGUCGAAUAUACCUGGUCAGAACGAGCGCCCGGCGUUGCCCCUCCUUCUCCCCCCCCCAAGUCAAGAAUACGACCAAUUGCGCUGUGAGGUUGGUUCAUGCAUCUCACAAAGCGUCUACCUCAAGGUACAGUGUACUCCUAUUUUUUGUCCUCUCCGUCUGGUCCCUCUUUCCAAUUCCUCUCCUCCUCCACCCACACCCCUCUACCAAGGUCCGAGGGCACACACCCACGCACACACAGUGCCAGAAAGGUUCUUCAAUCAUCCUUGACCAAGUUCACUUCCUCGUCGCCCCUCAAGUACAAACGUUGUACGCUCGCAUACCUAAGAGAAAGAAACAUCGACUCGGUUCUCCAUUACUUGGAGUGCCAGGAGAGUAUCUCUCUGCAUCUCUGCUCUAUCUGGAUACGUUUUCCAUCGGACCAUCCCUUGCAUUAUGACUGCAUGCUUAGCCGCGGGCGCAGUCUCUGCCUGGUGAACGCACCUCAAGUCUGGAUCCAUCUCUUUCCUCUCUUGCUCUCGCUUCUUCUCUGUCUCUAUCACGCUCUCUCUAUAGUCUGCGCCACUAGAAAGAACCCUUGAUGACCCGAAAAGCUCCAACAUCUCUACCUUAGGUAUGGUAAUGCGACGAUCCACAGGCAAGACAAAGGACGAAGA